AUGGCCAAUCUGGGUGUUUUCGCGGUUGUUUCGACACUCGUCGUUUUACUCCUCACCUACGGCAUACCCCUCUUUCUGAAGGAGUACUUCCCCUGGCAGAGUCUCUACAAGCAGCGCCACGGGAGACCUACCGUGACUACAAAGUCGUACAAGGGACGCACUGCGCUCAUCACCGGUGCGAAUGGAGCGUUUGGAUCGCGAGCGGCCAAGAUUUUUGCGGAGAGGGAUGUUGAGACGCUUGUGCUUGUUGAUGUGAGGGAUUGCAGUGGUGUAAAGGAGGAGAUUGAGAAGGAGUUGGGUGAGGCAGGGAAGCCGGUGCCCAAGAUUCUGGUCUGGCAGGCUGAUUUGAUGACGUUCAAGGGGUGUCAGGAACUUGGGGCCAAGGCGAAGACUUUGGAGCAUCUGGAUCAUGUUUUGAUGACUGCGGGAAUUCUGGCGUUCAAUCGUCGUGAAUCGCCCGAGGGCUGGGAAACUUCCAUCCAAGUCAACUUCCUCUCCGGUGCACUCCUCUCUCUUCUCUUCCUCCCCCUCCUCAAGUCAUCCCCAUCCAACCCCUCCCCUCCCGUGCUCACCUUCGUCACGACCUUUGGCAUCUACCCCUCCUCCUUCACAAUGGGCGUACCCAAAUCAGGCUCUUACCUCAAGAAGCUCAGCAACAACAAGGAAGGCAUGGAACAAGCUCAUCAGUACGGUCGCUCCAAGGGUCUUCUCCUCUACUGGGCCCGCGAACUCGCCUCCCGCGUCUCCGCAACCGAGAAACUUGCCCGCAAAGUCACCAUCAACAGCGCUGAUCCGGGUUCUGCAUGGACACCUCUUACGAAUCCCAACCAGGCGAAGCUCAUCCCACGACUGAUUAUGAACUUUGGAGCGAGAGACCCGCAGAUCUGCGCGACGGCUUUGGUGAAUGGUGUUUCGGCGACGGAGGAUGCGCAUGGCAAGAUUAUGCAGGACUUUGACACUGCUGAGUAUCCUCCUUUCAUGGUGAGGAAGAGUGGGCGUGCUGCUCAGGCGCGUGUUUGGGAGGAGACGAGGGAGGAGCUUGAGACGAAGGUCCCGGAGGUCAAGGCCAUCUUUGACAUGCUGGACCAGUAA